AUGGAGAAGAAGAGAGCCAGAGAUGGCUGGAGUGAUGAUGAAAAAAGGGUGCACCUUUGUCUCAUUAGGAAAAGAGGUCAAGUCAAACAAUCUAAACACGAGAGUUCUGAUGAUGAGGGUUCGGAUUUGGAGAAGCCACCGGAUCGGCUUCUCGAGAUCACGGAGAGAGUUUACGUGUUUGACUGUUGCUUUUCUUCGGAAGUCAUGGAAGAAGAGGAGUAUAGGGAUUACUUGGAUGGAAUUGUGGCGCAACUGCAGACUUAUUUCCCUGAAGCUUCAUUCAUGGUUUUUAAUUUCAGAGAGGGUGAAAGGAAGAACCAAAUAUCUGAGGUUCUAUUGCAGUACGAUAUCACGGUCAUAAAUUACCCUCAGCAAUAUGUAGGGUGUCCGGUGCUUCCUUUUGAGAUCAUACAGAAGUUUUUAAGGGCAUGCGAUAGCUGGCUUUCUUUAGGAGGUGAACAAAAUGUUUUGCUAAUGCAUUGUGAGAGAGGAGGAUGGCCUGUGCUUUCGUUUAUGCUGGCGGGUCUUUUGCUCUACAAGAAGCAGUACACCGAGGAGCUUAGGACGCUGGAGCUGGUGUAUAAGCAGGCUCCUAAGGAGCUGCUUCAUCUGUCCUCUCCUUUGGACCCUCAGUCCUCCCAUGUGAGAUAUCUUCAUUACGUUUCCAAUCAUGACGAUGAUCUGGAGGAACCAUUGCUAGAUAUGCCCUUCACUUUGUUAUGUCUAGUUCUUAGUUUAGUUCCGAAUUUCGAUGGAGAAGGGGGUUGUAGGCCACUUGUUCGUGUCUAUGGUCAAGAUCCGUUAAUGCCGAUUGAUAGAACACCCAAGCUUCUUUUCUCGACUUUCAGAAACAAAGAAAAGGUUCAGUAUGUUAGACAGGCAGAUAGUUCAGCUAUAAAACUAGAUGUUCAGUGCUGCAUUCAAGGAGAUGUUGUCCUUGAAUGCAUACACAUGGAUGAGAACUUGGAGCAUGAAGAAAUUAUGUUUAGGGUUAUGUUCAACACAGCUUUUGUUGAGUCUAACGUUAUGCUGCUAGACCACAAAGCAGUUGAUGUCUUGUGGAAGACCAAGGAUCACUUUGUAGAGAACUUCAAAGCGGAGGUACACUUUUCAGACUUUGAUGUGGGGUCCGGUAUCAUUCCAGAACCUGUGAUUUUAGAUGACGAUGAGUCAGAAUGUGGCUCAACAGAAGAAUUCUUCGAGGCAGAAGAAAUUUUCAGCAGUUUAGAUUGGAGUGAAGGACAGAGAGAUCCUGAUCUUCAGAUGGUUGCUAUCAAAACUUCUUUACAGGAUGGGAGUAACGAAUGUGUAUUCGGGCUUUUAAAUCCUGAAGUUGAAGCUACAGGAAGAUUUGAGUUUAGCAGUUCUGAUCAAGAUCUGGAUAUUCUUAGCAGCAGUCAACAAUUAGCUAUUACGAACAAUAGAAAGCUCAUGCGCGAAGCAUUCACAGGGAAGUUUGUUGAUUCAGGCAGGUUUGAUUUUAGCAGUUCUGACCAAGAUCUGGAUAUUAUUAGCAGCAGUCAACAAUUAUCUAUUACAAAAAAUAGAAAGCUCAUGCGUGAAAUGUUCACGGGGAAGUUUGUUGAUUCCGGCAACCUCAAAUUUGAUAAAAGUUUCUAUGGGGAAAGUUGUACUUCUUUGAAUAAGUUGAAUAUGGCAACAGGAAGAAACACUUCAUCAGUAAUUAGAGAAGAGAGUCUAUUAGAGACCUCAGUUAUCAAACAGGAGGCAGUAGAUAUUCUUGCUGGAGCAAUUGAAGAUAUGGUUACAUCAGACACCAGUGAGUUGAAGCAAGAUUUAAAGGACACAAUUAGCAUGAUUAAUUCAGAUGAUACAGCUCCAAAGUUUGAAAUCCCAAUUGCAGAUGAACCGGAGUUUAAACUAGAAACUGAAGUUUCCAAACAUGAUACCCGAAGUGAUUUGGAGGAAUAUAAGUGCACCUGUGAUUAUAUGAAUUCUAAACCUGGGACCUCUUACAUUGCUGGCGAAAGUAUGAGUCGCAAAUUUGACACUGAUGAUUGCAUAAGAAUUGACCCUACGCUAGCAGUUCUAGAAAAAAAUAAACUAGAUCCAGCAAAUACUGGAAUACAUACAGAGGAUAUUCUAGAUCUGACAGGUGAAUGUCAGAUUACAUCAGAAACAGGGGGGUUUGAGCAGCGUAUACAGGAUGCAGUUGUGCCAAUUACUUCAGAUGAUACACCUCAUAAGCUAGCAGAUGAAGAGGUUAUCAGGAUGGAUAAUAGGAUUUUAGGAAAUGCGAUUGAGAAUGAUUUUACUGGAAAGCAAUUUAUUCACUGUUGUAUGGAUUCUAAGUCUGGGAUGACAGACUCGUACGGUACAGAGAAUCACAAACUAGAUACUGAUAAUUGCGUGAGUAAUGCAUACACUGGUGUUAUUCACAACAUUGAAGAACCUUCAAUUCUUUGUCAGGCUCAAGAGUGUAAUAUGGUUCAUGAAAUGAAUAUCAAACUGGAAACUUGUGAUGUCAGAGAUGCAGAGAUCGGCACCAUUCAAAAUAAGGCUCUCUAUCAGCACAUAGAACCUGACGAGAUACUUAUGACACCAAACAAACUGCUAGCAUGCUGUGAUGUUGUUUUAUCUGACAAGGAAAUUGAACUAGAGGAAUCAAAAGUUGACUACAAAGAAGAAACAAAAUCAGGGACAGGACAUCACAGCGGAGCUGUGAGUUCAGAAUCCUCAUCAACCCCUGCAUCACCACCUUCUAUGCCUUCACGAUUGGAGGGGGUCUCUACUGCUUCCCUUACACCUUGUCCUUCCCUUUUGUCUUCCCACUCAUCUGAACAUCCUCCAUUGCCAUCUCAUAGAAGCCCACCCUCACCCCUAGGUUCUUUUUUGCCUACUAAAUUAGAAACUUCUUCCACAAGUUCCACAUCAAUAUCUCGACUUCCACCUCUUGAAACAAGCUCAACAUUCCAUAUUCCUUCGCCCCCUCCACCACCGCCUCUCUCCUUCAGUAUAUCAUCAUCUAACUGUCAACAUUCCUCUUCUUCACUUUCACAUCCAAAAAUAAGUGCGACAAUUUGUGACCCUCUUCCAUCAAUGCAUGCGAUCCCAUCUCCUCCUCCACUACCACCAUUACCCUUGUGUUCCAAAUCUUCAAUCAAAAUUCUGCUUCCACCUCUACCUGUAGUUUUUGACCCUCUUCAUCUACCUGUUGAACAAGUUCCCUUUCUUCCACCAGUGCAUGUGAUGCCGUCUCCUCCUCGACCAUCUGUACCCCUGGAUUCCAUAUCUUCCAUCAAAGUACUGCCUCCACCUCCACCUCGACCUCCACCUCGGCUUCAGCCUCCUCCACGGCCUCCACCUCCGUCACCCUGUCUUUUUUCUGCAUCUACCAUGCCUUUAUCUCCUGCAGCAAUGACUCCUCUAAUGCCAUCUCCCCCACCUUUUCCUUGUAAGCUGCAAGAAACCUCUACAAAAGCACCUCCUGCUCCUUCUCCACCAACACUUACCUCUUCACAAUUACCAUCUUGUCCUCCAUCACCUAGCCAGAAAGUAACUUCCUCUAGAGUUGCUCCACCACCACUCUCUCGUCUUAUUUGGAAGAAAUCAGAUACUCCUUCCCCUUCCUUUCCAUUAGCACCGCAAGCUGAAAAUUCUCAGGGUCCUCCACUGCCAAUGCUAGCUGGAAUUUCAUCUCCACCUCCACCUCCACCUCCACCUCCACCUCCACCUCCAUCCUCUGUUCAUAAAGGACACAGAGUUCCACCCCCGCCCAUGCUUCCACCUUUAACCACUCUGCUUCUUCCUGGAACAUGUGAAGUGCCACGGGAAUCCACAUGUUUUACAGAUGUUAUACCUUCAUUCUCUCCCUCUAAGCCAUGUGGAGAUGGAGAAUCUCAGCUCCCUUCAGCGCCUACACUGUUACAAGCAUUUAGUGGAGCUCCAAUUCCACCACCACCACCACCACCACCACCACCUAGUUUUACUGGAGCUUCAUCUGUGCUUCAACGUCCUUUAUUUGGAAGUGUUUCUCCACCUCCACCUCUAGGCCUUUCCCCUAUAACAUGUAGGGGUCUUGUACCUCCGGUCUCAUCCUUACUUCCUUCAUCCUUAGGAGCUCCACCAGUGCUUCCACAUGUUAAAACAGUCGUUCCUUUGUCUGUUCUUCUUUCAAGGGAUCUAUCCCCACCUCCACCCCCACGUCCUCCUCGUCUUACACCAGGAGCUUCUCCUCUAUCCUCUCCAUCCAGAGCAUUCGAAGAAGGUAUAUCCUCUCAACCUCCCUCACUGUCUCCUGCACCAUCCGUUUUUCUUUCAAGACCUCCACCCCCACCUCCACCUCCUCCCCAAUUUCCGCUAGGAGCUUCACCCUUGUCCUCUUUAUCCAAAGCAUUUGAAGGAGCUCCACCAACAUCCCCUCCAUCUCCCACACCUGCACCUAAAGAUUCAUCUUUAUCCUCUCCAUCUAGACUAAAUGGAGGAGCUCCAGCCUCACCUCCUUCCCCUCCCUCGCCGCCUUUGAUGUAUUCACUAGGAGUUCCAUCUCCGCUUCCACUGCCAUCCGUUGCUCCAACAAAACCAGUUGGACUCCUCCACCUCCUCCACCUCCUCCUCCACGAGAUAUGGUGGGUCUCCACCUCCCCACCUCCACCACCACUGCCUGGGGGCCAUGGUAGUGCUCCACCUCCACCACCACUGCCUGGGGGCCAUGGUAGUGCUCCACCUCCACCACCACUGCCUGGGGGCCAUGGUAGUGCUCCACCUCCACCACCGCUUCCUGGACGCCACAGCAGUGCUCCACCUCCACCGCCACUCCCUGGAGGGCAUGGCGGUGCUCCACCUCCACCGCCACUCCCUGGAGGGCAUGGCGCACCUCCUCCACCACCGCCUGGGAAUGGAGCUGGCCCUCCUGCUCCUCCUGGGGCCCCAGGUGUCCCUCCUCCACCACUUGGUGGUGGUAGGGGCUCCUUGGGUGGGGGAAGAGGACAGGGCCUUGGACGUACCACAGCCCUGGGAGUGUCUAAUUCGUCUCGAAAAUCAUCAUUAAAACCAUUGCAUUGGGUGAAGGUAUCAAGAGCUAUGCAAGGAAGCUUAUGGGCAGAGCUUCAAAAACAUGCUGAUACUCAUAGCAAUUCAGAAUUUGAUGUGUCAGAAAUUGAGACUCUCUUCUCAGCUGUGGUUAAGAAGCCAAAUAACUCAAAAUCUGAUGGUCAGAAGUCUCAAAAAUCUGAUAAAGUUCACCUGAUUGACCUUAGACGGGCAAAUAACACUGAAAUCAUGCUGACAAAAAUCAAGAUGCCACUGCCUGAUAUGAUGGGUGCUGCUCUUGCAUUGGAUGAUUCUCUAUUGGAUGCUGAUCAAGUGGAAAACCUCAUAAAAUUUUGUCCAACAAAAGAAGAGAUGGAACUUCUCAAGGGCUACACUGGUAACAAGGAAACUCUUGGAAAAUGUGAGCAGUUCUUUAUGGAGUUGAUGAAAGUUCCCAGGGUGGAAUCCAAGUUAAGAGUAUUUUCUUUCAAGAUUCAGUUUUCCACACAGAUCAAAGAUAUUAGACAGAGCUUGAACAUUGUCAACUCUGCAUGUGAACAGAUUCGGAGCUCUGAUAAACUGAAGGAGAUUAUGAAGAAAAUUCUCUAUCUUGGCAAUACAUUGAACCAAGGAACUGCGAGAGGUGCAGCUGUUGGUUUCCGGUUGGACAGUCUUCUGAAACUUACAGAUACCCGUGCCACUAACAAUAAAAUGACACUUAUGCAUUAUCUAUGUAAGGUCCUUGCCUCAAAGUCAUCUGAUCUUCUAGACUUCCAUGAGGAACUUACAAGUUUGGAAGCAGCAUCAAAGAUACAAUUGAAAUUAUUGGCCGAAGAGCAACAAGCUAUUGUCAAAGGAUUAGAAAAGGUUGAGCUGGAGCUGUCUGCAUCAGAAAGAGAUGGUCCAGUGUCAGAAAUUUUCUGCAAGACUUUGAAAGAGUUUACAGCUAUUGCUGGAGCUGACGUGGGAUCCAUAACAACACUCUAUACUUCAGCGAGUAAAAAUGCAGAUGGACUUGCUGUAUAUUUUGGAGAAGAUCCUGCUCGUUGUCCCUUCGAACAAGUCAUCACCACCCUCCUAAACUUCGUCCACUUAUUUCGGAAUGCGCACGACGAGAACUGCAAGAAUGCGGAACUUGAGAAGAAAAAAGCCCUGAAAGAGGCUGAAAUGGAAAAGUCUGGAAGCCCGAUGAAGAAAAAAGGCUCUUUUAAAGAGGCUGAAAUGGACAAGUCCGGAAGCCCGAUGAAGAGAACAUCCAAGAAAGAGGCUGAAAUGGACAAGGCUGGAAGCCCGAUGAAGAGAAUAGCCCUGGAAGAGGCUGAAACGGACAAGUCUGGAAGGCCGAUGAAAAAAAUAGCCCAGCAAGAGGCUGAAAUUGACAAGCCUGAAAGCCCAAUGAAGAAACCUGCUAGAUGACCUUGCAUCCACUGACCUACUAACCUUAGCUUAUGACUUGGGUUCUUGCUUGUGCGUACAUUUUCACCUUAUCUAGUGCCGUUGAGAUCAAGAUCUCGCACGUCCCUGGAUGAGAACCAAUCUGAGCUGAUCUGCACUCACCAAUGCAGAGCCAAAGUCAUCAUACAGGGAAUUCUCCAAUGGUAUUUUAAAGACCAUGGCUGAUCCCUCCAGGCUGAUAACUGUACAGACUAACCUAUACGAUUUUUUUUGUAUAUUUGAUGUCUAUUCCCUUUUUUUUUUUUUUUGGGCCUAAGUUUUAAGGGUAGGAUACAAGCAGGAAUAGGCUAGAAGCAGCUGUUUAAAAUAGAAAUGAUGAUGUGAGGAUAGGAAUAGUAGAAAUGUAAGAGCAGAAAUGUCUUUUUCCUGUGUUAUUAGAUGUAAUUUUUGUAAUUCUUAUAGCUAAAUAAAUCAGGCCGAUCGGUUCUUUAAGCUCAAAUUUGCUUCUUUUC